CCGGGCAGGUCAAUAACAAUAAAAAGUUUCUAUAGUUCUAUAUUUUAUAUUAUUUUUUGCUAUGCAAUUAUUUUAUAAAUAUUUGAUAAUAAUUUGCAUUAAUAUAAUUUGUUACUAUCGAUCAAUUGACGGAGAUUUUGUGUUUGAUGACUCAGUGGCAAUUCUUAAAAAUCGUGAUGUUUACGAGGGCCAAUUUAAUAGAAAAACAUUUGAGAAUAUUUUCAUCCACAAUGACUUCUGGGGCAGUAACAUAACAAUGAAGGAUUCCCACAAGAGCUACCGUCCGCUUACAACUCUAACAUUCCUCAUUGAACGACAUAUAAACAAUGGACUCGACAGUCGUUCCAUGAAACUUGUAAAUCUUAUUAUUCACAUAGUCAAUUGUUGUCUACUUUUGAACUUCCUUCAUGCAAUAUUGAAUAACAGACAAACGGCAUUUAUUGCAACAGUUCUGUUUUGCGUUCAUCCAAUCCAUACUGAAGCUGUGUGCGGAAUUGUUUCGCGUUCAGAUUUAAUGGCCUGUUUUAUAUUUCUAAUGUGUGGAAUUUUCUAUUUUUAUGUCUUUUAUAAAGACGGUACUGCUGUAAACUUUAGUUAUUCGCUCAUCUAUUUAAUAAUUAUAGGAUUAAUGUCGUUUAUAGGAAUUUUAUUUAAGGAAAAUGCAGUCAUGAUUAUGCCAACUCUUGCAGCACUCGAUAUAGCUAGAAACCUUAAAUUAUUCAAAAGUUUAUCGAAAAUUUCAUCGUUAAUUUUACGACUAGUUUUAAUGCUCAUCUUCACAACACUUAUUGUCUUCUUCCGUUUGUGGAUGCAAAAUUUCUCAACACCAGAAUUUAGAAUUGAAGAUAAUCCAAUUGCAGCCACAGAUAGCCAAUUGACAAGAAUACUGAGUCAAAAUUUCUUGUAUUGCUUUAACUUUUAUCUUUUAUUGAUGCCAGAUUGGCUGAGUUUUGACUGGAGUUUUGAAAGUAUUGAGAAAAUGGAAGGAUUUGAAGAUGUGAGAAUUUUUGGGAUUUUGGUAUUUCAUGGAAUGUUGAUUGUAAUAGUGCUAAGAGGUAUUAGAAAAAGAAAACUUUUAACAGCACUUGUUCUCUUGAUAAUUCCAUUUACACCAGCAAUUGGAAUAAUUAAAGUCGGUUUUGUGAUAGCUGAAAGGAUACUUUACAUCCCAUCGAUCGGAUUCUCAAUCUACGUCGCAAUUGGAUACAAAAAACUCAUCAAAAACUUUAAAUUUCUUCGUCCAUAUCUUUACAUGUCCUUCAUACUACUAAUCAUAUUUCAUAGCAUGAAAACAUACACAAGAAGUCUUGAUUGGCGAACUGAAAGUCAACUUUUUUUCUCAGCCUUAAAAAUUGUUCCAAAAAAUGCGAAAGUUUAUUACAACAUUGCUAGAAUCUCAUCAGAAAAUAAGCAAAUUGAAAUGUCUGUAAAAUUUUAUCGACAUGCAAUAAGACUACAUCCAAACUAUGAAUCAGCUCAUAUGAACCUAGGAAAUAUUUAUCGUGAAUUGAAUGAAUUUGAAAAGGCAAAAUUUCAUUUAAAUAAAGCGGUAGAAAUACUCGAAGAAUUUCCAACAGCGUGGAUGAAUUUAGGAAUUGUUCAAGCAGUAUUAAAAGAUUUCGAGUCAAGUGAACAGAGCUAUUUAAAGGCUUUAUCAUAUCGUAAAAAUUAUGCAAAUUGUUAUUAUAACAUGGGCAACUUAUACAUCGAAAUGAAAAACUCAUCAGCAGCAAUUGAACAUUGGAAACGAUCUAUUGCAAUUAAUCCAGGUCAUCGUAAGGCUUGGUCAAAUAUAUUAGCAUUUUAUGACAAUCAGCGUAACAAUCACGAAACUGUUUUAAAAUAUUCUGAAAUUGCUUUAAUUUAUCUGCCAAAUGACACAAACAUUUUAUUCUCGAGGGCAAAUACUUUCGGAAAAAUGGCAUAUUAUGAAGAAGCCGAGAAACUGUUUAAGCAAAUUAUCGAAGCUGAACCAAAAAAGUCAAUAUUUUAUGCCAAUUUGGGAGUUCUCUAUCAUCGGUGGGGGAAGAAAGAAUUAGCAAAAAAAUAUUAUCGAGCAGCGCUGUCACUUGAUGCGUCAUUAAAGAAUGCACAAAGUAAUUUAAUGAAAUUACAAGAAUUUGGCGAAUAAAACAGUGUUCAUGAAGCUAAUAGGGACAUUAAUUGGAUAAUGUGCGAACUAGGUAAAUGAUCAACAUCCAAAUUAAUUCUAAAAACUCAAAAAUUCAAGUAUUUUACAGUAUUUUUGACAUUUUCAUUUUAAACGUUCGAAAAAUAUUCUUAAGAUUAAUCGCGGAAUAAAAUAAUUGACUUGAAUAAAUUUUUUACUAGAUAUUUAAGAACAUUUGUAUUUAUGAAACUCAAAACAGC